GGUGUUUAGUUUAUGAAAUUUUGACUUCAAUAAUCACAGUAGAGGUAUGAAAUUCAAGUCUCUGUUUGUCUUCAACUUCAGGAGAGUUUGGAUCCUCGACUCCAAUUUGAAUAAAAACAUGCCAAACUCAGACUCAUUGCCAUUUGUAGCUCACUAUGUAGCAUAGCUGUGGUGAAUGAUUUCUUGUCCCUUAUAUUUUUUCAAAAACAAAUAAAAUUUGUGUGUUUUGAUAUUUUCAUAGAUGAUCGUAGAUUAAAGAAUCCUAAUUAUUUAUUGUACUUAUGAAACUCUAAUCUAAAGCCAUGGCGGACAUGUUUUCUGAAACUUUACAAACAGCUGUUGCAACACAAGAAGAAUAUCAACUUCCUUCAAUAUUUGAAGUUUUAGCUCAAGAAAAUUUACGAGCCUCUGUGAGACCAGCUUUUGAGCACUUAACUAAAGUUCUUGCUUCUUACAAACCAGCAAGAUUUGGUUGGUUACUAGCGUGGUAUGAUGAAAUCUUCACAGCUAUUGAGCUUUUGGUGCAACAUCAUUUUUUAUUAGCUCACAUUGCAUCCUAUGCAGAAAUGUAUUACGGCUUACGAAGGAAAAUAAAAGGUUUAAAGGUGCAAUCACAUAACACACUUGGAACAAGAAGACAUUAUUUGACCCUGGUGACUCUGUGUAUUAUCCCAUAUAUUGAAGUGAAAUUAAAGAAAAUGUAUGAUAAAAUUGCGGACCGACGGGAGACGCAGGGAAAUCAAUGCACUGUGACUAUUAUGGAAAGACUCAUUUUUCGUUUAUAUCCAAUUAUGUUCUCAUCUUGGGAAUUUUGGAAAUUAUAUCUUCAAUUCAAAUAUGCAAUUCAUGAAAAUAAAUACCCUGAUCCAUUUUUGAAAUUAUUGAGAAUAAAACUGGUUGUCGAAGAUCCCCAAGCUGCUUCUCAAGCAAGCGGGAAUGUUGUUAGCCGAGCUUUGACAAAGAUGAUUGCUGGUGGAGUGCAUGCUGGAGUCUUUGUUCUUCAAUUCAUAGACUGGUUUAUGGAACAUAAAUGAAUAACCCUUUUGUUUUAUAGCGGGAAUGUUGUUAGCCGAGCUUUGACAAAGAUGAUUGCUGGUGGAGUGCAUGCUGGAGUCUUUGUUCUUCAAUUCAUAGACUGGUUUUAUCAUGAUGCUAAUCAAGCAACAGUGCAAAAGUUGACACAAGCACCGAUUCCUCUUCCGCCGCAUGAAUCAUGCGACAAAACAAUCAUUCCAGUUCGGGACAACAUAACUUGUCCGCUAUGCAACAGACGGAGAACGAAUGACACUGCUCUUUCCACAUCUGGUUAUGUGUUUUGUUACGUUUGUAUCUUUAAGUAUGUGAAAAAUAAUUCAAAAUGUCCAGUGACUGGAUAUCCCACAACUGCGGAAUGUUUGAUAAAGAUUUAUAGGCCUGAAUAAAUUGGUUAAUAAUGAGCAAAAUUUACACAUUGUGCUUGGGGAAAUACAAUUGUUCUAUACAGGUGUCAUACAUUCUUAUUUAAUUAAACAUAUUAAAAAGUGUUUUUAUGCAAAUCUUCCACUUUUCAGUCAUUUUUUAAAAAUUCAAGUGCCUUAGGGCAGGGCUACUCAACUAUUUAUACCAAAGAUUUGUAUACAAAAUCUUCAAAAUUAAUGGGUCCGGUUUUUUCAGAAUGAUAUUUCAACGUCCUUAAUAAAUACUUGAAGGUCAGGAUUCGGCCCGCGGUCCGCCAGUUGAGUAGCCCUGCCUUAGGGUAAAUUUUUACUUAAUUAUAUUUAUCUGAUCGAAAUGAUUUUCUUUAUCAAAUUUCCUAAUUUUCAUCCAUUUCUGCAGAGAUUCUUCAGAUCAUUCAUUAGCUUUUGAAGCAUCAUGUAAUGAAGUUUUUCACUAUUUUUCUAAUUAUCUUUUCUUUAUGCCAAAUGCUGUGAUUUCCAUUUUCUUUCCAAAAAGUCUCUAUUCUACGAAUUGAAUAAAGUUGCACAAUUUCUCACACAGACGAGAAUGAAAAUAGACCUUAUAUGUG